AUGCCGAACUGGGGAGGUGGAGCCAAAUGUGGUGCCUGUGAGAAGACAGUGUAUCAUGCUGAGGAAAUUCAGUGCAAUGGAAGGAGUUUCCACAAGACAUGCUUCCUCUGCAUGGGUUGCAGAAAAGCUCUGGACAGUACCACAGUAGCAGCUCAUGAAUCUGAAAUCUACUGCAAAACCUGUUACGGGAGAAAAUAUGGUCCCAAAGGUAUUGGCUUUGGACAAGGGGCAGGAUGUCUCAGCACUGAUACUGGUGACCAUCUAGGCUUGAAUCUGGGAUCACCAAAGCCUGCUCGUCCUUCUACACCAACUAAUCCUUCAAAGUUUGCCAAAAAGAUAGUAGAUGUGGAUAAGUGUCCCCGUUGUGGCAAAUCAGUAUAUGCUGCAGAGAAGAUAAUGGGAGGAGGAAAACCAUGGCAUAAGACAUGCUUCCGCUGUGCUAUUUGUGGAAAGAGUUUAGAAUCUACAAAUGUUACAGACAAAGAUGGAGAGCUCUACUGUAAAGUUUGCUAUGCAAAAAAUUUUGGUCCCAAAGGAAUUGGUUUUGGGAAGGGAAGUGGUUUGUUACAUCUAACAAACAAGUAACUGCUGCCAUACUCAGAAACUGAAAAGUAUGCUUUUAAAUAUGCCACUUAGACUGAAAUAGAAUCCAGCAAGCUGUAAUAUUAAUGCUUCCACUGAGAAGGCAAUGAAGAUGAUUGUGUCUAGAUAGCUAUAGAAAUACAAAGAACUGUAGCAGUUAAGCACCUCUCUCCUCAGGUUUUGUCUAUUUUCUACCACAGAAAUUAUUCCAUACCCUAAAAAAGAUUAAAAAGCUUGGCCAAAAAAUCAAGUAGAUGUUAGAAAUGCAAGCAUAACUUCAAUGUUUUCUUGAUGCCAUAUAAUCUUUCAUGGAUUUUCACAAUGAGAUUUAUGUUUUGCUUCAACAUUUUCACUUAUUUAUCUAUCGCCUUUCCCAUUUUUGUAUUUUUUGAUCAAUAUGAUCAUA